GCACAUCAAAAUCUUAGUUCAAGACAAACACUAAAGUUUCACUACUGUUUAUCAUAAACAACCUCUCUAUCUCUUUAAUAUUGUUGCUUUCAAAACAUCAACCAAUGGCUUCUUUCUCUUUAAUUCGUUCAUCUUGUCUGCUAGUUGUGAUAAUGGCUAGCUCUCUGAUGUUGGCUUUUGCGGGUAAUUUCUACCAAGACUUUGACCUUACAUGGGGAGAUGGCCGAGCUCAGAUACUCAACAAUGGAGAGCUUCUUACUCUCUCCCUUGACAAAGCCUCUGGCUCUGGUUUCAACUCCAAGAAUGAGUAUCUGUUUGGCAAGAUUGAUAUGCAACUCAAGCUUGUUUCUGGUAACUCUGCUGGCACCGUGACUGCCUACUAUCUACGCUCAGAAGAAUCAUUGUGGGAUGAGAUAGACUUUGAAUUUUUGGGCAACCUAAGCGGUGAUCCAUACAUUGUUCACACAAAUAUAUUCAGCCAAGGCAAAGGCAAUAGAGAGCAGCAAUUCUACCUAUGGUUUGACCCCACCGCUGAUUUCCACACCUAUUCCAUUCUUUGGAAUCCCCAACGCAUCAUAUUAUCUGUAGAUGGCACUCCCAUUAGAGAGUUCAAGAACUUGGAGUCAAUUGGCGUUCCAUUUCCAAAGAACCAGUCCAUGAAGAUACACUCAAGCCUCUGGAAUGCUGAUGAUUGGGCCACAAGGGGUGGACUUGUGAAGACAGAUUGGACAAAAGCACCUUUCACAGCUUCCUAUAGAAACUUCAAUGCAAGUGCUUGUGUUUGGUCCUCUGGGGCAUCUUCUUGUAGUUCAACUUCACCUUCCACCUCAGGUAGCAAUGCUUGGCUCUCCGAACAGAUGGACUCAACAGGCCAAGAGAGGCUCCAGUGGGUGCAAAAGAAUUACAUGAUAUACAACUACUGCACAGACACUAAGCGAUUUCCUCAAGGCCUUCCUCCAGAAUGCACUGCCACAAACACGUCCUAAAUACAACACAUAUUCCUCAUACUUUUCCCCAUUUAGUCAUAUACUUGCUUCUGAAAGUUGUACAAUGCAAUUACUUCAUUCGUUAUAUAUGUUGUAACCACAAAACUUGAUACAAUAAUAUUGAUCACUUUCACAGA